CCUGGACCAAUCUUCAUCACUUGUCCCCUAAACCACCCAACUUUACCCUUGUGGCAUUUAAUCUCGCCACUUGUUGGCUUCAUCUCAUAUUUCUUUUGCUACCCAGCUGGUCUUAACCACCAGGCUCAGCCACCAAGCUCAGCCACCAGGCGUCACCACACCAUCAGAACGCUCCCGACUUUGGGUUUGAGCUGUUCACUUAAACACAAGCACUGAAUAUCUUAUCUGACUGCUUCAUUUCCUGUUAAAUAUAAUAAAUUACCCACCCCUAAUCACAUCUUAUCACAUCUUAUCAAGUCUGCCUCUACUUCUAUUCACUCAUAUUGAUUGUCUCUUUGUUUAUUCUGCGUUAUCGUUAUCCAAAUCUAUGACUGCUUCUUAUCAAAAUCUAUUGCGUCCAUCUCAAUUUAUUCAUAUCUACUGCAGACAUGACUUCCUUUUUCCAGCCCCAGCCUCGAUGGAUAGCCAAUCCUACCUGUGGACUCUAUACCAAUAGCAAUGGCCUCCGGAAAUUUCUUCCUCUCAUCUCUCUCGAUGUUCACACCGUCAUCGUUUCUUCAACAUCGCGGACUGUCCUGACGCAGACCUUUCAUAGCCCCAAGACAGGCACCGCCAGCCACGUUGAGAACGUGAGCUACCUAUUCCCUCUCUACGAUGGAGUAUCUGUGGUUGCAUUAACUUGCACAGUUGGCUCGCGCGUCAUCAAGGGCGUCGUAAAGGAGCGAAACGAAGCCAAGCAGGCCUUUGAUGCUGCAGUUGCACAAGGAAAGACGGCAGGAUUGCUCGAACAGUCUUUAGAGGCCUCCGACGUCUUUACAACAUCGCUCGGCAAUAUUCCCACUGGUGAAACUGUCAAAGUCGAAAUCACAUACCUGGGAGAGCUGAAGCAUGAUGCUCAAGUUGAUGGACUGCGGUUUACCAUCCCCACGAGCGUGGCUCAGCGAUAUGGGCAAUACACCCUGGGAGAGGCGAGUCCUUUACAGGGCGGGGAGCACAUCAGCAUCACUAUUGAUGUUGACGUGUCGGGCAGCUCAACCAUCAAGAGCGUUCAAUCGCCGUCGCAUCCGAUCUCUGUCAACAUUGGCACUCUUUCUACGGCAACUUCUGAGCCGCCAUCUCUGCAGAGAGCGUAUGCAACUUUAUCGCAAGGCUCGGCAGAGCUAAACAAAGAUUUCGUGAUCCAAAUCGUCGCCACUGGCCUCGGUGACCCUAUGGCUAUCCUCGAAACGCAUCCCACAAUUCCAAACCAACGAGCUUUGAUGACGACGCUCGUUCCUAGAUUCAACCUGCCUAUGACCAUGUCCGAAGUGGUCUUUAUGUGCGAUAGAAGUGGCAGCAUGGGUACCGGUUUCAAGAUGCGCAACGUCGUCGAGGCAUUGAAAGUCUUUCUCAAGUCUUUGCCUGUUGGAGUCAAGUUUAAUAUCUGCAGCUUUGGAACAAGUUACUCGUUUCUGUGGGAGAGAUCCCAGACAUAUGACGAAACUUCGCUAAGAAUGGCCAUUAAUCACGUUAGCUCAUUUGAUUCCAACUUUGGCGGUACAGAAAUGUACAACCCAAUGGCGGAGAUAUUUAAUCGACGGUACAGUGAUAUGAAUCUCGAAGUCAUUUUACUCACUGAUGGAGAGACUUGGAACCAAGAACAAUUGUUUCAGCUCAUCAAUACGCAUGUAACUCAAAGUAAUGGCGCUAUUCGAGUCUUCGCAUUGGGCGUGGGAGAGAUGGCCAGCCAUGCUUUGAUCGAAGGCGUUGCUCGAGCGGGUAACGGCUUUGCUCAGGCUGUAGCGGAUGGCGAAAGAGUAGACAAAAUGCUAGUUCGAAUGCUCAAGGGGGCUCUUACACCUCAUAUCAAUGAUUACACCCUGGAUAUCAAUUAUGGAGAAGAGGAAGAUGGAGACGAUUUUGAGAUUAUUGAAAAGGUCAUGGUUGCCAUGACCCUGAAGCAAACCUCUACUAAGUCGGCGGACUCUACUAAGUCGGCAGACUCUACUAAGUCGGAAAACAUCAAUGCUACAGGAAAAUAUCAGAUUUCGAUUUCCCUGUUUGAUGAAAGCGUCCAGGACGAAGACUUGGAGAUGUCUGGGACCUCCAAGUUAAAGGUGGAUCUGCCAGCUGUCACCGUUCCACGUUACCUCCAAGCACCUUUCAAAAUUCCGCAUCUUUAUCCAUUCAGUCGCACGACUGUUUACGUCUUGCUUUCUGACUCGACACCCAAUCUCCAGCCAAAGAGUGUCAUCCUCAGAGGAACCUCCAAUCAAGGCCCUCUCUCGUUGGAAAUUCCCAUCACCAUCCUUCCGGAGAAGGGCACCACUAUACACCAGCUGGCAGCUCGCAAGGCCACGAGAGAGCUUGAAGAUGGCCGGGGCUGGAUAUUCCAUGCCAAGGACGAAGAGGGACAACUCUUGCGACAGCGAUACGACGGCCAAUUCAGCGACAUGGUCAAGAGGGAAGGUGUACGUCUAGGAACGCAGUACCAAGUCAGCGGCAAGUGGUGCUCAUUCGUCGCCAUUCAAGACGCUGAAGACAAUACCGAUGAGAAUCAAGGGAAAGUGACUAUAAGCAACAACGAAGAAAAAGCUGAAGAACGGAGCGUGAUUAAUAGCCCUGGCGCUCAACAUGUUGCGCAGCAAAAUAUCGCUGCAGCCAGCCUACGUACUAGGCCUAGGAGGAAGUGUAAGCUACAUACGAUGCCAGCUAAUGCGGGAUCAUCAGCAUCAAGUAGUCGAUAUGAUAUGCAAGAUAUGGGGAAAUCACAGGCUAGGGUGAUACAACCUCCUAUGCCACAGCAACUAUGUAAGACAGGCCGUAUACAAAUGGGACUACCAAUGGCACAACCACAGGGUAUGACACAACCGCAGGGUAUGGCAUGGCAUCUACAGAUGGCACAACAGCAGGCCAUGACACCACAGCAAUCUAUGGCACAUCAGCAAGCUAUGGCACAGCAGCAAGCCAUAGCACAAGCUAUGGUACACCAACGCUCCAUGGUGCAAACAAAUAGUGCGCUGCAGGAUUAUCAAACUCAGACUAUGUUAUUAGAACAGCAAAACAAAAAGAGACUAAUGAUGGCUCGGCAACAACAACAACAGCAGCAGCAACAGCAGCAGCAACAACAGCUACAGCAGCAGCAACAACAGCAACAGCAGCAGCAACAACAACAGCAGCAGCAACAACAACCUCAACAGGCAAAUGUGGUUACACCUGUGAUUGCUAGCGGAAUGCCGCAUGGGAGUUUGUCUUCAGCCAACCCUCCCGCGGUGUUUCGGAGUUCAUCAUCCAGCAAUACCGGAGGGUUCAUGUCUGGCCAUUCAAGCCCCAUGAACCAGUCGAAUCAGGCAGCGACAAGUCCUUUUGGCCUUGGAGGACCUCUAAUGCAACUAAAUGCAGACAAUCUUUCUGCUGGCGCCCCUAGCUCGACGAAGAGAGAAUCCACUCACGCUUCUACAGACGAUUCAAACAAACGCGCGAAAUCUGACGAUGUUUUGUCAGACUUUGAUUUCGAUAGCUUUUUAGCCCAACCAGAAGAUAAGACUGACUUUUCUGAUGCUGAAAGCACUCUUAUGCCGGCCCCGUUGCUAGAGCAAACCGCUCCAAUGUCAGCGCUAUUUUCAGAGCAAACAUUUAUCGGCAAUUGGGAUUGGACCCCGAGACUGGAAACGAUUGUGGGAAUGACAAAGUCGGCAGCGUUGGCGGGCAUUGAGCUUCCCGGUCAGUACGGCCAGCUGCAUACGGUGCUGGCCACUCUUUGCGCCGUGGUGUAUCUGAGGAAGAAGCUGGCGGACGAGAAGGACGUGUGGGAACUCAUUGUGCAAAAGGCGGAAGAUUGGCUACGAGGCCAAACGCAGGAAGAUGUGAUGGAGCUGGAGAAGAUUGUGGAGCGUGCGUUGUUUGCAGACACGGCUGCGUAGCAUGAAAUGGUCUAUUUAUGUUGGCGGAUUUCCUUUGUUUUAUUGUGAGUAAUGAAGUUACACCAGAUUGGAUAUGACAUGAAGAGAAACUGUUUUUACUAUUACGCUUUACAUGUAUUGGACUGGAAAUUAACAUCUCCCCAGGAAGCACUUCUAUCUUGUUCAAACAAAGCCUUUAUUUUGUAAGCAGAGCACCGAAUUCAAAUGUUGCGAUUCAUAAAAAGAAAAAGAAGCCAUUGAUGAGAUAGAAAAAUCAUGACCGCCUCUAUCAAAGAUUGUGCCUGUUUGGAGAGGCGGAACCCAGCAGCAGAGAAAAUCGGAGAGUGUCAGCGCGCUAAAAAUCGCUGUUUAGCGCUUCAACCGCUGUAUUUAUAGCGACCAAGCACGCUGUAUUGAAGUCGCUAUAGCACUCUGGUAACUCAGUUACGCAUUUAUAACUGUUACUGCAAUUUUC